AUGAUACGCUCAGACAAAGGCGCAGACGUGCCUGGCAAGGAGGACCCGAAGCGCUCUACGCCGUCCAAUCCCGAGAAUGGUCUCUCCCAAAUCCUGAGGCUUGUGCUGCAGGAGCUGAAUCUGUUCUACAGCCGAGACGUGAGCGGACUGUGUCUCCUGUACGACCUCCUCCACUCCCCGUGGCUGCAGGCUCUGCUCAAGGUUUAUGACUGCCUCCAGGAAUUCCAAGGGAAGAAACUGCUUCCUGCCACCUCCCGGGCACAGGCGCUGUCCCGUGAGGUGGUGGAGAUGUUACGUGCAGCCCCUGGUUCCCCUGAGACCCAGGAGCUGAGACACAUCCUCCAGGCUCCGCACUUUGAGGCCUUGCUCCGUGCCCACGACACUGUGGCUCAGAAAGAUUUCGAGCCCCUUCUGCCCCCACUGCCGGACAACAUCCCCGAGGGGGAGGAAGCAAUGAGGAUUGUUUGUUUGGUGAAAAACCAACAGCCCCUGGGAGCUACCAUCAAGCGCCACGAGAUGACCGGGGACAUCCUGGUGGCCAGAGUCAUCCACGGCGGGCUGGCCGAGCGGAGUGGUUUGUUAUCUGCCGGAGACAAACUGGUGGAAGUGAAUGGAGUUGCAGUUGAGGGGCUGGACCCUGAGCAAGUGAUCCACAUUCUGGCCAUGUCGCGCGGCACAAUCGUGUUCAAGGUGGUUCCAGUGUCUGACCCGCCUGUGAAUAGCCAGAAGAUGGUGUACGUUCGAGCCAUGACUGAGUACUGGCCCCAGGAGGACCCCACCAUCCCCUGCACGGAGGCCGGACUGCCUUUCCAGAAGGGGGACAUCCUCCAGGUCGUGGACCAGAGUGAUGCCCUCUGGUGGCAGGCCCGGAAGAUCUCAGACCCGGGCACCUGUGCGGGCCUCAUCCCUUCCAGCCACCUUCUGACGAGGAAGCAACGAGAGUUCUGGUGGUCUCAGCCACACCAGCCGCACACCCACCUCAAAUCACCCACCUCGAUUUCUAUGGAAGAAGAAGACGACAUGAAGAUUGACGAGAAGUGUGUGGAAGCAGACGAAGAAACAUUUGAAUCUGAGGAACUUUCAGAAGACAAGGAGGAGUUCGUUGGCUACGGUCAGAAGUUCUUUGUCGCCGGUUUCCGCCGCAGCAUGCGCCUCUGUCGCAGGAAGUCGCUGCUGCCCGGCCUGUGCUGCCCCAGCCGCUGCCCCCGGGCCCCUUACGAGGAGGUGGUGAGGCACCAGCGGCGCCCCGAGGACAAGCACCGCCUCAUCGUGCUCGUGGGGCCUUCUGGAGUUGGAGUGAACGAACUGAGAAGACAGCUCAUUGAAGUUAAUCCUGACCAUUUUCAGAGUGCUGUGCCGCAUACUACUCGUUCCAAAAAGAGUUAUGAAGUAGAUGGACGUGAGUAUCACUAUGUGUCAAAGGAAACAUUUGAAAGCCUCAUGUAUAGUCAGAGGAUGCUCGAGUAUGGUGAGUACAAAGGCCACUUGUAUGGCACCAGCGUGGAUGCUGUUCAAGCCGUCCUCGAUGCAGGGAAGAUCUGUGUCAUGGACUUAGAGCCUCAGGGCAUUCAAGUGGCUCGAACCCAUGAAUUGAAGCCCUAUGUCAUAUUUAUAAAGCCAUCGAACCUGAGUUGUAUGAAGCAAUCUCGAAAAAAUGCCAAGAUCAUUACAGACUACUUUGUGGACAUGAAAUUCAAGGAUGAAGACCUGCAAGAGAUGGAGGAUUUAGCCCAAAAAAUGGAGACUCAGUUUGGCCAGUUUUUUGAUCACGUGAUUGUGAAUGACAUCUUGCAAGAUGCGUGUGCCCAGUUGGUGUCUGCGGUUCAGAAGGCUCAGGAGGAGCCUCAGUGGGUGCCAGCAGCGUGGGUUUCCUCUGAGCCUGGGUCCUAA